AUGUCCCUCCUCAUCACCCAUUUGCUUCUCUUGCUCCUUGGAGUGGCUGCUUAUGGCCCUCCCGAGAAGAUGAAUCCGAACCCGCCUAUGCCCAUUGACAAACCUCCUCCGUUUGAGAGGCCUCCUCCUGAGUACAAGCCACCAAACCCACCUGAGAGCAGACCUCCCCAGUUUGACAAACCAGUUCAUCACGACGGUCCUGAUCAUCAUCCAGGCCACCCUCAUGAGGCUGAGGGUGCCACUGAUUCACACAAGCCACACACCCCUGUUCACAAGCCUCCUCACCAUUACCCUGGUCAUCCUCCCGUUAACGUUGUUAAUGAGGUAAAAGUUCCAUACAUGCCUCCCGAUCCCGAGCACAAGCCGCCUAAAGGAGAGAUGCCACCUGCCUAUGGCUAUGGUCACCCUCCUCCAGUUGGAGUAGAGCAUGUCCAAGUUUCAACGAAGAAGCAACAAGGGCACAUAUCACCUAAUAAAGGAGAAAAGCCACCUCCUCAUCAUGGUCACCCUCCAGUUGAGGACGUCGUUGAAGCUUCACAGAAGCCACAACCACGAAAGAUGAUGAUGCCGUCUGCUAGCACCCCAUUUAAGAAACCAUCACCACCUGGAAAGAAGCCACCUCCCGGCCAUCCUCAUUAA